UCGUCCGAGGGCGCCAUGGCCUCGCUGCGCGCGCUGCUGACCCGCGGCCCCCUGCGGCCCCCGGCCCGCUCGGUGCUGCGGCGCUUCGCCUCGGGGGCCAAAUUUGAGUACAUCAUCGCAGAGAAAAGGGGGAAGAAUAACACCGUGGGCUUGAUCCAGCUCAACCGCCCAAAAGCACUCAACGCACUUUGCAACGGCCUCAUUGAAGAGCUCAGCCAGGCGCUGGUGGCCUUCGAGGAGGACCCGGCUGUGGGAGCCAUUGUCCUCACCGGCGGAGAUAAGGCAUUUGCAGCUGGAGCCGACAUCAAGGAAAUGCUGAACCACACGUUCCAGGACUGUUACUCUGGCAAGUUUCUGAACAGCUUGGACGAGCUCACCCGGGUCAAGAAGCCCGUCAUCGCGGCUGUCAAUGGCUUCGCGCUUGGCGGGGGCUGUGAGCUUGCCAUGAUGUGUGACAUCAUCUAUGCUGGUGAGAAAGCCCAGUUUGGACAGCCGGAAAUCCUGAUAGGGACCAUCCCAGGCGCGGGUGGCACCCAGAGACUCACUCGGGCUGUCGGAAAGUCGCUGGCGAUGGAGCUGGUCCUCACCGGUGACCGGAUCUCAGCGCAGGAUGCCAAGCAAGCAGGUCUCGUAAGCAAGAUUUUUCCUGUUGAGACGCUGGUUGAAGAAGCCAUCCAGUGUGCAGAAAAAAUUGCCAGCAACUCUAAAAUUAUAACGGCAAUAGCCAAAGAGUCAGUGAACGCAGCCUUUGAAAUGACGUUGGCGGAAGGGAACAAGCUGGAGAAGAAGCUCUUCUACUCGACCUUCGCCACGGAUGACCGGAAAGAGGGGAUGGCCGCGUUCGUGGAGAAGAGAAAGGCCAACUUCAGAGACCAGUGAGAGCUGCUGCUGUGGCCUCGCACCUCUGCCUGGAGGAGAAGCAGCUGUCGGGUUGGGGAGGAAGUUAAUUGUCCUCUCAGGGCAGCGUCAGUUGCCACUUCUCUGCAGCUGCGCGGAGCACGGCCACCCAACCUCACCCGGCCACCGUGAGCGUCCGGUCUGGAGAGCGUCAGCGCUCCGACCAGGGCCUGUUCUUCUAAACGGAAAGCCUUGCGGAGGAGCCUUCAGCCGAGCAGCGAGCUCGCUGUGCCCAGGCGGAGGCGGGGCCUGGCCUGUGCGCAGUGGGACCGUGGCUGCUCGGAGGGAAACACGCCGUCUGCUGGCUCUACACAGAUGCUCCGCCGAUUAAAGUGCCCGCUUCAGAUCA